AUGUCUGUGUUGUGUCCGUGUUGUGUCUGUGUUGUGUCUGUGUUGUGUCUGUGUUGUGUCUGUGUUGUGUCCGUGUUGUGUCUGUGUUGUGUCCGUGUUGUGUCCGUGUUGUGUCCGUGUUGUGUCUGUGUUGUGUCCGUGUUGUGUCUGUGUUGUGUCUGUGUUGUGUCCGUGUUGUGUCUGUGUUGUGUCCGUGUUGUGUCCGUGUUGUGUCCGUGUUGUGUCCGUGUUGUGUCCGUGUUGUGUCCGUGUUGUGUCCGUGUUGUGUCCGUGUUGUGUCCGUGUUGUGUCCGUGUUGUGUCCGUGUUGUGUCUGUGUUGUGUCCGUGUUGUGUCUGUAUUGUGUCCGUGUUGUGUCCGUGUUGUGUCUGUGUUGUGUCUGUGUUGUGUCUGUGUUGUGUCUGUGUUGUGUCUGUGUUGUGUCCGUGUUGUGUCUGUGUUGUGUCUGUUGUUGUGUCCGUGUUGUGUCUGUGUUGUGUCUGUGUUGUGUCCGUGUUGUGUCUGUGUUGUGUCCGUGUUGUGUCCGUGUUGUGUCUGUGUUGUGUCCGUGUUGUGUCUGUGUUGUGUCUGUGUUGUGUCCGUGUUGUGUCUGUGUUGUGUCCGUGUUGUGUCCGUGUUGUGUCCGUGUUGUGUCCGUGUUGUGUCCGUGUUGUGUCUGUGUUGUGUCCGUGUUGUGUCCGUGUUGUGUCCGUGUUGUGUCUGUGUUGUGUCCGUGUGUUGUGUCCUGUGUUGUGUCCGUGUUGUGUCCGUGUUGUGUCUGUGUUGUGUCCGUGUUGUGUCCGUGUUGUGUCCGUGUUGUGUCCGUGUUGUGUCCGUGUUGUGUCUGUGUUGUGUCCGUGUUGUGUCUGUGUUGUGUCCGUGUUGUGUCCGUGUUGUGUCCGUGUUGUGUCCGUGUUGUGUCCGUGUUGUGUCCGUGUUGUGUCCGUGUUGUGUCCGUGUUGUGUCUGUGUUGUGUCUGUGUUGUGUCUGUGUUGUGUCCGUGUUGUGUCCGUGUUGUGUCUGUGUUGUGUCUGUGUUGUGUCUGUGUUGUGUCUGUGUUGUGUCCGUGUUGUGUCCGUGGUGUGUCUGUGUUGUGUCCGUGUUGUGUCCGUGUUGUGUCUGUGUUGUGUCCGUGUUGUGUCUGUGUUGUGUCUGUGUUGUGUCCGUGUUGUGUCUGUGUUGUGUCCGUGUUGUGUCCGUGUUGUGUCCGUGUUGUGUCCGUGUUGUGUCCGUGUUGUGUCUGUGUUGUGUCCGUGUUGUGUCCGUGUUGUGUCCGUGUUGUGUCCGUGUUGUGUCCGUGUUGUGGAGUCUGAUCCAAGCUCUGCACGCCGUGUUGAAGAACCCUCCGAUAAACACCAAGAACCAGAACGUCAAGGAGAGAGCACAGGGCCUGGUGCUGAAGGUACUGACCACCUUCAAGGGCAGUGACAUCGAGAAGGCCGUGCAGUCUCUGGACCAAGGCGGACUGGAUCUGCUCAUGAAGUACAUCUACAAAGGCUUCGAGAGGCCGAGCGAGAACAGCAGCGCCGUCCUGCUGCAGUGGCACGAGAAGGCGUUGGCGGUGGGAGGAGUGGGCAGCAUCGUCAGGGUCCUCACCGCCAGAAAAACUGUCUGA